ACUCACCGUGGGGGAGGGUGUGUCCAGGCAGGAGUGGGUCUGUACUGUACAGAGAGGAGAAACAGCUGCUAAAGCAAAAUGUCUGCAGUGCCUGACGGAAAGAAGCUCGUCCGGAGCCCGAGCGGCCUCCGCAUGGUGCCGGAGAACGGCGCCUUCAACAGCCCCUUCUCCCUGGACGAGCCGCAGUGGGUCCCGGACAAAGAGUGCCCGAGAUGUAUGCAGUGUGACACCAAGUUCGACUUCAUCAAAAGAAAGCAUCACUGCCGGCGCUGCGGUCGGUGUUUCUGUGAUAAAUGCUGCAGUAAGAAGGUCGUGCUGCCUCGCAUGUGCUUCGUGGAUCCGGUGCGACAAUGUGCCGAGUGCAGCCUCGUCUCUCAGAAGGAGAUGGAGUUCUACGACAAACAGCUCAAAGUUCUGCUCGGAGGCGGCUCCUUCGUCGUCACUCUGGGAACCUCAGAGAAGUCUGAAACUAUGACGUGUCGCCUCUCCAACAACCACAGGUAUCUGUUCCUGGACGGUGAAAGUCACUUCGAGGUCGAGUUGUCUCGGAUCUCCAGCAUGCAGAUUCUGACAGACGGGACGAGUCCAGGAGAGAAUGACAUUCACACUUACACCAGUCUGCUGGACAGUCAGUAUAUCUCUGAAGGCGGGACGUCGCGGGCCAGCGGCAUGCUGCUCCACUACAAGCCGAUGGGCUCGCAGGACGCCCAGCAGCUCCGCAUGGAGGCGGCGGACGACAAGAAGGUGGCGUCGUUAUGGUUGGCAGCAAUGCACAAGGCGGCUAAACUGCUGUAUGAAGCUCGGGACCAGUGACGGACCGAUCGUCCGGGCAGCACACACCCAAGUGUUUUGUACCCCGACUCUCUCUCUCUCUCUUUGGGGUUCGGUAUCGUUUGGAUUUUUUUAUUAACGCCAGUUCCGAUUCUGCUUAAUCCGUCAGAUUCCUUGUCAGUUCUUGAUACCAGUUCUUAUCACGGUAACUUCUGCAAGAAACGUUUCUAUAAAACAAAAACAAUUUAUUACCUCUAUAACUCGUACUUUGUACACCAUGUUUACCACCAGUAGGCUGAUUGUCCUUCUAAUUUUUUUUUUUUUACAUCUUUAAUCUUUUUGAUUUAAUACUUUUAGAAGCUCCCCGACACGAGUUGGCACCCGUCGAUUGUCGGAGGCGCCUUCUUUUAAAUACGGUUCAUUUUCUUUUCUCACAUUUGAGGAUCGUUAAGAUUUCUUUUUUAUUUUUAGCCACGUGAUCCUGCGAGAUGUUUGUCUUUUGUACCGUAACAGAAAUUGAAGUUUGACAUUUUAACAUCCGCGAAACCGUUUUUCACGACGUCAGAGAUGCAGUAAACCUUCAGAUACAGGCACAGGUGUUUCCGUGGCAACACAGUACUUUUAUACUUUAUUUUUAUUUUCUGGAAGAAGCGAUGAGACACUUUACGGAUCCCUGUAGGGACUUUUUUUUUGUUCGUCAUUAUACCAAGUAGAGACCGAACGUCUCGCUGCAGCAGGACGGAUAUCUGAUGGCUGAUCUCAGAUCUUCCGGAGAAGGAAAGUUAAAGGAACAGUUCACCCAAAAAUGAAAAUUCAUCUACUCUAGUUUGUAGUCGACAAAACAUUUCUGGAGUUUCACGGCAAAACAUCGCUGCAAACAACCGAAGAAGCUGGAGACCAAGUAAAGAAAUAAAAUGGCUCCAUACAGCUCGUCCAGAUAAUCCAAGUCUACAGAAGUCCUGAGAUGCCAAACUGAUUUGCAAAAAUGUUUUUUACACCCUUUUUAAUCCCAAAUCUUCACUGUUCAGUAGCCAAAAAGCACAAAGCGUGAGUUUGUGUGUCGAGGGUGUGAAUCAAUAAAUCUCUAAAUCGAAACCAAGUCACGACCGAGAUCAGUGUAAUGCUGCAUUCAGGUGCACCUCGGAUGUUCGUUCUUCCGACUUUGUUGUGUUCAUGUGCGUCAGGAUGUGGGAGCAACACAGACGCACAAACAGAAGUUGUUUUGCAUUUUAUCUCUGAGUGUUUGAACAACACGUCGACGGCUGUUUCUGCUAUUUGCGUAAGUUUAAAUUCUCUUCUGUUGUUUUGGAAAAUGCUGCUAUGAUGUUUUUAGAUGUGAAGCUCCAGAAACGUUCGGUGGAAACUUCCCUGAACUGUUCCUUUAAAAGAUAAAUCCACCAUAAAACCCUUUAACACAGACAGAAAAGCAGCUGUGUGUGAUGUUCUUUGCAUUUCACGGCCACUUUGGUGUAAUUUGAAAUAAUCUCACUGAUGUUUCAUCUCCAGCUGCGUCUGUUUGUUCUUCAGCCGCCGCGUUUUCAUUCGGUUUAACGCCGUCGUGCUGCGCUAACAGACUCUCACGGGAGUAAAAUCAUCUGAAGAGCCUCAGAGAGCAUUUUACACACUCACAGGAGGAAGAACACUUUUCCUGAAAUAUAAAGAACAUCACAGAUUUUAUUCACACGUAAACAAAACUGUCAGAUUUUUCCUUUUAAGAGUCCAGGUGACGUGUUUCUGUUCCGUCUCUGUGGAUUGUUUUAAUAACUCUGCUCUCUGCUGCAAGAUUUAAAUCUUUAGACGUCGUCGUCGUCUAAGGAAACUACAGACUAUUCACACACACACAGACACAGAUAAAUGCUUUAAAUGUAGUUUCAUGUAUUGAGGUUUUGUAUAAGCUAUUUUGUUAACUCUUCCUACUUUAACACGAGGCGUGUUCGUACAAAGCUGAAGUAUGACGUAUAGUUUUUUUUUGUAACAUUUGUAAACGGUAAUUCCUUUUAUCCUUCCUCUCGGACCUGAACGCAGUCGUCUUCUCCCCCUUUUUAUUUUAUUUUAUUUUAAUUUUGUAUUCUUCUCGCUGUCCGGAGACGUGGAAUCGCCUCCUUCCAUCAACCAAACGCUGUCCGCUUCUGGUUCGGUUCGUCAGUUUUUGCAGGUAGUUAGUUGUGCUUCCGAGGACCUGUUGUUAAAAAAAAAAGAAAAAAAAAAGGAAGGACGUGUUGAGUGAAUAUAAUCUCCCGAUCGACGUUUACCGCAUUAAAAAAAGGUUUCUGACAGUUUAAACAUUUAUAAUUUCGCCCUGAUGUCGUUAAAGUUCCCACGAGUCCCUGAUUCCCCUCCGAGCUCCUUCGUUCAGUCUUGUAACUCUAAAACUGUUUUGAGUUUGAAGGAAAAUUAAGUGAAUUUGUGGCAUUUUUGGGUUUUUAUAUCAAACUGAAGACGCGUUUCUCUUAAACACACUCGUUAUUUCGCCGAAGCGUGAAGUGGUUUUUGUGAAUUUAAAGAUUUGUGACGCAGAAAUCUCGACUCGGCGUCGUCUUACACUCUUCAGCGGAUCCCUGAGAGAAGACUUUGCAUGCUUGACCUCGAUUCUCUCCGGUUGUUGACACUAUAUUUCGCUGAUGUUACCAAGUACGAUUUGGCUCCACGAUAAUUACAGACAUCUGUGAGUCUUCCCUGUUUUUCGCAGCUCGAGGAAAGAAACCUCAGGUGGUUUAAACGGAGCACAGAAACGGGUCGAUCGUCGACGUCUUCUUGUGAUUUAAAGUUGUCGUGUUCGCCGCCUCCACUUCACUUUGUGACAUAAAGUUUUAUUUUUAUACGCUGCUCACCUAAGAGUUAAAAAAAAAAAGAAAAGUAAAUCACAAGUCGUCGUUUUGGUUUCGAGGCUUUCAGAACAGAGACGGAGGAGGACGGAGAGGUUUUUGUUGUCUGGACGUGUUUGUUUUGGGUUCUUUUGUACGUUCACACCAGCGACACUGUUCUUCCAUCUGUUUGUUCUGACGACAGACGAGACGGCUGCACAGUCAGCAGACUAUAAUAAUGUUUAAUUCUUCCAGAUUUGAUCAAAAAACACACAUUAGUUCUGGACUUCAUGAUAAAAAUGAUCCUUUUCAGUGAGUUAAUCUGAGUUGAGACUGUUGGAUCCUCCGUGCAGCCGUCUCUGAUCAUCCUGUUUUAUAAGUGAACGUCGAGUUUUUGUGUUGUUCGUCUGAAUUACGUGUGAUCGUCACGACUCAGCCAGUGUUUGUAUCCGCACUUUAUGCCUUGAUUACAUCCUUUAUAUCCCUCCGCUGCAUUUAUUACGCUGAAGAUGCUCUACUACACCCCCUUUUGUUGGAUUAUUCUGUUGAGAAUAAAAUCAAGUGUUUAUACAA